AUGAGUCGACCAUAUAGUCUUACUGAUGAUAUACGGAAACAAGAACGACAGCGGCAGCUGAAAAUCCAGCAACGGCAAAAGAGACAGCUACAGAAUGAGAGGGCGUUGAAGGCUGAUCCUGUAAAGUUAUAUCACCAAAUACAGCGAUGGCAGACAACCCCGCCCGUGAGUGAUAAGGAUAAAGCCAGGUAUACUCAAGUGAAAGAGACUUGGGACUAUAUCAUCAAGCAUGGGUUGCACAAGGAGAAGAUGGCUCCGUUGGUGCGUAACCUCGAAAAGUCAACGACAUUGCGGGGUAAUAAACUGAUCUACUAUAACCCGGAACUCAACCCAUUAGGGAAAGUACCGUCAUACUACCCAAAUAUUGCUACAAACGACAAAUUCAAACGGAAUCCACCGAGUCGAGACCCAUUGAUUGACCAACUAAAAAUUGAGCCUCCCCUUGAUCCCCAACCAAAAUAUUAUUCUAAGGUUUAUAACGUCGACACUGGUGUGAAAUCGCUCGCAGGUGAAGAGGAAAUUAAGGUUACAAAACGUCGAAAAUUGAUCAAUUAA